UAGCGUAGAUUCCACAAAAAGGUAGUAUAGUCUUUCUAGCUCGCUGCUUAAUUCUUACAGAAACAUUUGUGGUUGAUGGAUCGGACGGCGUACAUAUGAAGAUGAGAGAUAGCUUCCCGUGUUGGCUACUACACCGUAUAAACAACACCCUUGCACCUUCCUUUCGCGGUCUUUCCCGUCUCCGCACCUGUGUCAACAUACAAUAUUCCUAUUCUUAUUCCUUUCCAGCAUCAACCAAAGGAACAAAGAUUCUUUCUCUCUUUAGCCACUUCAAAUUUGCAUCCGAUUUGUAUGGCACACACAGUUUACCCCAUGCAAAAGGAAAUGGAGGGUUAACAUGGCAUCUGAAUUUAUUUAGCUCGACUGGGAAUUUCUUUGAGCGCAAAGACUUUAAGAGAGCCAUUUUUUUAUGUUGAAUCUUUCUAGGGGGUGAGCUUUUUAGACCAUUUUUGAAAUUUGAGGUGGCACCAUGGGAUUCAGUUUGGGGUCUCUUCUUGGGGGGUUGAGAUCGGGCCCCGAUGAAGCUUCGGUAAAUUCUGUUACUCUAUUUGUGUUGCUCCUUUGUUCCUGCAUUGUGAUUGGUCAUCUUUUGGAGAAGAACAGAUGGAUGACUGAAUCAGUUACUGCCCUUGUCAUUGGUCUGUGUUCUGGAAUUAUUAUUCUACUAACCACUGAGGGAAAAAGCUCGCGCCUUUUACUUUUCAAUGAAGAAUUUUUUUUCAUUUAUCUUCUUCCACCGAUUAUAUUCAAUGCUGGUUUCCAGGUCAAAAAGAAGCAGUUUUUCCGAAACUUUAUCACAAUCAGCUUGUUUGGUGCUGUUGGUAGCUUGAUAUCAUUUGUCAUAAUAUGGCUUGGUACAUUACAGUUAUUCAAAAGUUUGGAUAUUGGCUUCUUGGAAGUGAAAGACUAUCUUGCACUGGGAGCGAUCUUUUCUGCUACAGAUUCAGUUUGCACCUUGCAGGUGCUUAAUCAGGAUGAAACACCUUUACUCUACAGUCUAGUCUUUGGAGAAGGUGUGGUAAACGAUGCCACAUCUGUGGUACUUUUCAAUGCAAUCCAGAAAUUUGAUCUCUCUCACAUCAGCUCAACCAUUGCGUUUCAGUUUGUUGGAAAUUUUUUAUAUCUAUUUUUGACAAGCACAUUCCUUGGUGUGGCAGUUGGAUUGCUUAGUGCAUAUGUCAUAAAGAAGUUGUACUUUGGCAGGCAUUCUACUGAUCGUGAAGUUGCGCUUAUGGUUUUAAUGGCUUAUCUUUCUUAUAUGGUGGCAGAACUAUUUGAUUUGAGUGGCAUUCUUACUGUAUUCUUUUGCGGGAUUGUUAAUUCACACUAUACCUGGCAUAAUAUGACUGAGAGCUCAAAAGUAACAACCAAGCAUACUUUUGCAACAUUUUCAUUUGUUGCAGAGAUUUUCAUCUUCCUAUAUGUUGGUAUGGAUGCCUUGGACAUUGAGAAGUGGAAUUUUGUAAGCAAAAGCCCUGGAAAAUCAGUUGGGGUCAGUGCAAUAUUGCUUUUCCUGGUUUUGGUUGGAAGAGCAGCUUUUGUAUUCCCUCUGUCCUUUGUAUCCAACUUAACAAGGAGGUCUCAGAGUGAGAAAAUUGGGUUCAAGCAGCAGGUUACAAUAUGGUGGGCUGGACUCAUGCGAGGAGCUGUAUCCAUCGCACUUGCUUAUAAACAGUUUACAAUGUCAGGGCAUACUCAACUACCAGGCAAUGCAGUCAUGAUUACCAGUACCAUUACAGUUGUUCUUUUCACUACUGUGGUGGGUGGAUUAUUGACCAAGCCUCUCAUAAGGAUGUUGCUACCACAGCCUAAACAAUCAAGCAGCAUGCUGUCCUCUGAAACUUCUCAGAAGUCUCUAACUGUGCCGCUUCUCGCUAAUGGCCAAGAUUCAGAAGCUGACUUGGGUGCCAACCACAUUCCUCGUCCAACUAGUCUGCGGAUGCUCUUGGCAAGGCCAAGUCGCUCAGUUCAUUAUUACUGGCGAAUGUUUGACGAUGCUUGCAUGCGUCCCGUGUUCGGUGGCAGGGGUUUUGUUCCUCCAGUCCUUGAUUCACCCAAGGAAGACAUUUUGCACUAGAAGCAAAAAAUAUACUACAGUAGCCUGUAGGAUAUUGAGGUUGUGUGAUAUAUAGAUAGUGUAGCUACCGGUUCUGGUGGUAAUUUUGUUGAUAAUAUAGCAAAUAUUGUUGUAUUUUUCACUCUUUGUAUAAAUUAUUAAUCCAGGCAUAUAUGCCGACUCUAAGUAACUUUGUCAAGGAGGAUGGUACACAACCUUAGUUGUAAUUAAAUAAUUUUGAAAAGCAGAUUCCGAGCUUGAACUUUUA